UGGAAAAAAAUUUCUGAAAAUUGCACAAAAAGCCAGUUUUUUCCAAAAUUUGAGAUACAAAAGCAUCACACUGCAAAGUCAAAAUGUUAAAACAAUAGAUUAUACAAUAAGAAAUUGAAAAAAAACAAAAUGUUCCCAUCUACAGGGUAUUUCAAGGCCGUUACUUGCCCUUUCUUUGCCAGUGGUCUUUGUGAGCGUCAGUACUGUCACUUUCGGCAUGUCAAACCGACUGAACCCCCUCCUCCACCAAAGGAUCUAGCCUCAUCUGAAGCCAGUGUGUCCAAUACCUCACAGAAUGGUCAGUCUUUGCUCAGUAUGGUCGGCAAGGCCGUACAGCAUUUCCAGAAAGACUUGGAAAAAAAUAUUGGUAAUGUGCCAAAAAAGAAAAGAAAGGAAACAAGUGAUGUUGAUCCCAAGAUGAAUAAGUAUCUUGCCCUAAUUGCUGGUAACGACAAAUACAAAAUGCCUGAAACCAUCUCGAUUCCUAAGGCAUCUGUGGACCCAUCUCCGCGAGCAGUUGAUCCCAGUGUACCUCAGUAUAGACCCACUCCGAUCAGCCAGUUGAAGAAGAAGAGGCAUGAACCCAAAUAUGUGAUCCCUUACAUGGAGGAGGAUGCGUCGGAAUCAGAAUACGACCCCGCCACAAACUAUAGUACCGAACAAAGAACAAAGUCACCACCAGAGUUUGAAUAUAAGCCUACUCCACUGAAUAAAAAGACAAAGAUUUUUGCUGAACAGGUAGCUGAGGAUGGAUAUGAUCCCGUUGCUGAAUAUGACCCCACUUCAGAAUAUGAACCCUCAGGUGAAUAUGAUCCAACGGCUGUAUACAUACCCACAGAGUUGGACAUUUGUAGUGAACCCGAGGGGAAUUUUAGUGACGAUAAUGACGGUGCUACUGCUGCACAAAAAUUGCAAAAGGGUAAAAAAACAGGAAGCUCAAAAACAGAAAUAGGUGCGGGGAAAAAAGUUAAAGAAAAAGUUGUGGAAGAUGAUCUUGUUUCGCAGAUUAUAUUUGCAUCGGAAACUACCAACUCGAUGAGUAUGAGCCAGGUUAAAAAAUAUUCCGAUGGGUCAAUAGAUUUUGUCAAUGAAAAGCAAAUCAAGAAAAAGACAAUAAAAAGUUCAAAGGAGAAAGUGACUGAGCAGAAAUCUGAAAAGGGACUAUUCGAUUUGUUUAAGUCUGAGAAAAAGGCUGUAGUAAAGCCCACCGUCUCUGAUAAAGCAAAGAAAUGUAGUGAUGGUGUAAAAACAAAGGUUUUAGAAAGAAAAGACAGUGGUUCUCGAAAGCAUGGAGAUGACAGGAAGAAAGUUAAAAGUGUUGAAGGUGUUGCAAAGUCUCAGUCUUUAAAAUCAGAAAGCAAAGAUAAACUUAUCAUUGAAAAACACCACAAGAAACAUUCAACUCAUUCUGACAGUCCCAAGUCACAAGAAAAGGAUAAGCGUAAGUUAUCAACCGAUAAUGCAAACUCCAGUGAUAAGAAUAAGAGUAAGACCCAAACAACAUCUGAUCAUUCUGGUAAGAGUCGUCACUCCCACCAUCGUACAGAUCCUCAUUCUCCAAAGCCACACAGUUCAAAAUCGUCUAAGGAGAUGGAAAAUGGUGCUAAGAAACUUGUAUCUUCCAAGCAUUGUGGUCAUGGAAGUUCGUCUAGUAAAGCUAAAGGAAGCAAAAAUUCCGAACAUCACAAGGAAAAUUUGAACUCUCCAAAAGUGAAGCAUAGGAGCGAAUCAACGGGAAGUUAUUCACAUCAUCAAAGGGAAAAUAAAUCCGGGUCGAGUGAAUCGAAUCAUUCCACAUCAAAAGUUCAAUCACCAGGUUCCUAUUUUGGUUUUGCCACAGACUCUGCUGAGACUGCCCCACAAACAAAAUCUGAAUCUCGUAAAUCUCACAAUAUAACGAAAACUCUUUCCCAUAGUGAUUGGAAUGGGAGUAUGAAUGAAACUUUCGGUUUUGAUUUUCACUCUGAUUUUCAUGAAACUCGUCUUGACACAAAAGUUGAAAAGCUCGGAAAUAGGGUUGAUAAGCAUAGGAAAAGUUCCACUUCUGUUAAAAGUGAGAGCAGUUCCAAGUCAAAACAUCGAUUAUCUGGUGGAGAGACGCAUACAUUUAAAAGCAAGCACAGUUGUUCAACCCCUACAGAGCGACUGGGAAGUUCUAAAGAAAUAAAGUAUUCUAUUUCAAGAAGAGAUUCAGGUACAGGGGUUGACUUGGAUGAAUCGGGAGGUUCUGAUACACUUGGUGAGGAAGAGCUCCCCACUCUUCAAAUCGGCUUGGAUUCUCCAUAUAAAAAGUUUAGUUGGGAUGACAUCGGCACUUGUGCUACUACUAGUCAUGAAAAACAAUAUCAGGGUUCGAAAGGAAAAUCAAACAAGUCGGGAAAACCUCGCACGAAGUCUGUAUCGGAAUCGAAAGACGAGUUUAUCAUAUUGUCAUCAGAUGACGAGUCGCCAAAAAAACCUGUAAAAAGACCACGGACGAUGAGUUCUGGUUCCGGGUCAAAAUCAGGGAAAGGUAGCAUCAGCACGUUUGAUUUAUUUGGAGAUGACAGCGACAACAGUUCUGAUGAAAGUGUAAACUUGAAUGCCAGGCAGAGGUCAAGGAGUUCUGAAACUAUUACUUAUCUUAGAGGAAGUCAUGCCAGUGGUGAUAGCCGUACGGGUCUUUCAAAGAGUGCAAAACGGAGAAAAACAGUCGAACAAUCCAGUAGUGAUAGCGACGGGGAUAACUUUAUGUCCUUGGGCAAUGAUCAGUUUGAUGUUCAGAAUAAUUCCGAUGGUAGUGAAGCGUCCGAUGCGAGGUAUGCAGGAAGUAACGGAGACGGCCUUGAACUUGACCUGGAUGAUGAUGAUGACGGUGAAGACCUGUAUGAUGAGUGUCUGAAGAUCUUCAAUGAAUCGCCGAAAAGUAAAAAGCAUCAAGUCGGAAAGCACGGUAUGAAAAGAAAGCCACAGGAAGAACAGGCGCAUUCAGUCAGUAAAGCCAAUAGAACUGCCCAUGCUGGAGCUGAGAAAGUAGUUAAGAAAAAGUUCCAACGGACCCACGUUUUGUCUCCAGCUGCGGUGAUGCAUAACAGAUUCGUUGAGAUGCAGAAAAAGCUUGAAGAGGCCAGGGAAAAGCGCAUGGACUUGAUGAAGGACAAAAAGUCUGUAGAGCUUUCUGUCAUUUUCUGCAUUCAGAGUCCCGGCGCAAGAAAAGUUGAGGAGAGGCGAGGAAGCUCCUUGCUGCGAAAGUCCUCUCAGUCAUCGCCGGUUGUCCGGAGGGUGUCACGAGAUAUUCCUCAUCCUGAUGAACCAGAAGGUCCAACUCGGAUCCAGACAAUUAAAUCGGUGAAAUCAGGGCAAAGGAAGGCUCAUGUUCCAAAGCUUGAACAUGUCGUUGAGACCAUGAAGAGGCCAACCAUACCGCCCGACUUGGGUGGCAAGGUACCCACAAAUGUUCGACAGCGCUAUCUUAACCUAUUCGUCGACGAGUGCUUGAAAAUUUACGAUUCUCAGAAAGAUGCAUUUGAAAGGGCUUUGAGCGAAGAAAAGGCAGUCUACACUCGAAGCGGCUCAAAAAAUGUCUACCUCAAUGUUGCCGUCAAUGCAAUCAAGAAGCUGAGAAAUGAGAGUCAGGCCAGUGGUGAGCCGGUCUGCUCUUCCCCUGCCAAAACAAGCAGAGCGCUGAUACAUGAGUACAACCUUGGUGGGAGGAAGGCAAUGGAAACCAGUUACACGCUGCAUAGGUCAUCGGCAGCGAAACCAAAACAAGUGGAAUCAUUCUCAGCAUCUCAUCUUUACCAUCGAUUAAAGCCAUACAUUCUCACCGAGGAGCAACUGCAAGAGAAUGGGUUUCCACGCGUUGAUGAAGACAGCUUUAAUCUUAUCAAGUUUUAUAAUACACCGCGAAAGAAAUCAACUGGCAAAGCUCUUGAAAAGGCGUGCACUCGAUGCGGCAAGAGGUUUUACAUCGACCCAAGUGGAGAGUGGCAAACUCUGGAUGAGUGCAUUUACCACUGGGGCCGAGCAUUUAAGAAGCGGCUGUGUGGCAGCAUCGAGUCUCGUUACAACUGCUGUGAUAGUGAUCUCACAUCGAGGGGUUGCCAAGUGGCCAAGUUACAUGUCUAUGACUCCAAUGUGCGUGAAGUGUUGUCGGGAUAUAUGAAAACACUGCCAUGUUCCCCACAGUAUGAUGAAGACUAUGGUGUAUAUGCUCUGGACUGUGAAAUGAUUUACACAACAAAAGGUCAAGAACUUGCCCGGGUGACGGUGGUAGACCACAGGAGUGAGACGGUUUAUGAAGCACUCGUUCAACCAGAGGGUGAUGUCAUCGACUAUAAUACAAGGUUCAGCGGUAUAACUGAAGACGAUUUGAAAGAUGUCACAACAAAUCUUCAUGAUGUGCAGGCCGUGCUGCUGAGUUUGUUCAAUCACAAAAGUAUACUGAUGGGUCACAGUUUAGAAAGCGAUUUGUGUGCUUUGAAGCUUAUUCAUUCCACAGUCGUGGACACCUCUGUCGUGUUCCCCCACUGGCUAGGCCCGCCCUACAAGAGGGCCCUCCGACACCUUGCUGGCGAAAUACUUAACAAAAUUAUACAGAAUGAUGUUGGCGGCCAUGAUAGUCGAGAGGAUGCUGUGUCGUGCCUGGAGCUGAUGCUGUGGAAAGUCAGAGAUGACAUUAAGAAGGAGAGCCGCUGAUGUGAUUGGACAGCAAUUUGAUAAAUGAUACACGAGAAUAUGAACUGCUCAAGAUUAUUCUGUAUUGGUGCAAAAUACUCAGUGAUAUUAUUUUUUGUUUGGAUGCUGAAUUUAGUUGUAUACCACUUCUACUGUCUCAUUCACCAUGAUUCCUGAUCAAAGGGAAAGUAAAAGUUGACUAAUCUGAGGAAUAAAUUCAAACCGGAAUACAACCUGUUAACUGCAUGGUUUGUACCUUGUGGUAGAAUACUACAAAAUAAGUCUCAAGCAAACGGGAAAUGCUGUUUUGAUGACAGCUUGAUUGAAUUUCCAAUAGAGGUGGAUAAUGGUGGAAUGAAUGAAUCAUCUGACGUUACCUAAACUUUGGAAAGAGGUUCUCACAACUAAAUUCCUCGUCCAACGACUGCAUUUUCCUUCAUAGAGCUCAAGACAUAUCUCUGUAAUAAUGUCAUUGUACUUGGUGUAAAUGUAAUGUUGUCUCUGGAUUGAGUAGUCUUGUGUAAUUUCACUUUGAUUUGAUAUGGUAUGAUGUUGUUAGGAGAAGGAAACGCUCAACUUUGUCAUUGAUUUUGUCAAAGUUGGCAGUAUUGAUGCUCCCUAGAAAAAUUUUCGGGCAAAUCUCUGGAUGAACUGAUGGAUUAAGGUAGAGGAAACUUACCUUAAAGAAAUGAAAAGAGGGUAUGGAUUUCCAUGUUGCUGCUGUAUGUAGGGAGAGCUGUAGCCAAUGGGUGCCAAUUAUUUCCUCAGUUCGAAGGCCGAUGAGGCAGGGUAAUGUGUAACAUUUGACAUGUCACUCAUGUCCACACAGAUGAACUAGUAAUGAACUAAAAUAGGAACAAACUCAGCUUUCAUUACUUGGAAUUUCAAGAGUAUAAUUACAGGUACUAGAUAACCAAGGUCACAUCCUGAAUAAUGUUACUUUUUUUACCAGAGAAUGGUGUGUCUUUAUGUUUUUGUUUUGACUAUUACUCUUGUUUUUGUUGUCGCAUUUAUUUUGUAGUAUUCUUCGACUGUUGAUGAAAUAAUAUUGUCUGUAAUUGAUUUAAACUAACAUACACCCGAGUAUCAUUUCUUUUCUAAAUAUUGUCAGAUGUGGUGUUAAGUCUCUUGCUAAGUACUAAGUACGAUCUGCAGUUAAUUAGAGGCAGAAGGUUUCUGAUUUCUGUUAAAAAACGUGAUACAGCAGUCAUAGAAUGCAUCAUAAACCAUCCAGGUAUGACCAUGUACAAGUGGAACCUCUAGAAGAGGCGAUCGGGACUGAUUAUGGUUGUCAUUAGUGGAGAAAUGAAGUGAUGUCUGCAUUUCAGAAGCAAAAUUUAACAGAUUUCUUGACUUCAAUCAAUGUCCGACUGACACACAAGUGUCCGCUAUUUUGAGUUACAUUGUUCUUGGUAUCAUACAUGUAUGAACUUGUAUCACCUUUUCUAUAUUCUUGCGUUUUCUUAUGUUCAGGUGUGGAAUGAUGCUCAUGUCAUAAUAUCAUGUACUUGACAAGAAAGAGUUUGUCCUAUGCCAGAAAGGCAACCACAGCAAAUAAUGUAAAUCCUUUAUUUAUUUCCUUAUCUCACAACCAGCUGAGUGAAAAAGAACAAAGUGAAUAAAGAAAAUUGUC